UGACAACACAACUUAGAUGUAUUAUACGAAGUCAAUUCAAACCGAUCUUUCAUGUGAUAUCACCACUGACAUAUCAAGACAAAAUUAUUGUCUCAAUUUUUUAAAGGAAACUUUUCUCAAGGUUUCAACAAAAACAAAUCAUUUUUUUAAAGCUACGUUUAAGAAGAAAUGUCAAAAUUUUCCUGAAAGUUAAUUUUCGGUGAAUAUUUUGUGUGAGUUAGUUGGCCGUUCGUUAGCAAAAGGUGGCGGAGAAAUUAUGUAUUUAAGGAACGCAUUAUGUUUACUUUUAGUAGCUGUGAUAUCUAUCGGUAACUGUUCUUUAUCAGAUAAUGUAACGGUUAUUGUUAAUUCUGAGAAUAUUACUUUAGGUUAUGAUGAAGGGAUUGUUGAAGAGACAACAGAAAUUCCAGAACAGACUUUCCAAGAAGCUGAGAAGGAAAUUUUGGAUUUUGUUAAUAGCCUUCUCAAACAGUUAUUGCCAAAAGUAGUCGGUGGAUCUGGAGCAGCUGAACUCUCACCAAAAUGCAUUGCAGGAAUGAUGAAAAUAUUCGGAAAUGUUCGUCGUUUGAAAGGAUGGACUAUAAAAAUGAUCGACAGUUUGGGGAAAACUACUCCUGGAAUAUUGAUGGGGACAUCGUAUACGAUGGGGAAUUAUGACGAAUGCUUGGACCUGUCAAUCUCGAGUAAAGGGGAAGAAACUUCGGACCCAUCACAAGAAAUGUUUCGAGGAAAAUAUUGCCGAAUAAAAAUUCAACUACGGAAAACUGUGGUUGAGACAGCAGAGGAAUAUCAACACGGAUUAAAAAACGCCUCUGACCUUCGAAAACUAAAGGAAGUAAUACAAUUUGUUCCUUACAUUCGCAUAGACCUACCUUAUUUGACACAUUUUACUGGCUUAUGUUUUCCUUCUACAUGUUCGAACCACGAUAUCAAUUUCUUAGCUGGACUUGUUCCUUUUCCUGGAUCAGCCUCUUUGGACAGAUGCGAUGUCAAAACCGAAGUGGAAGUCGAAAACUAUCAACUACUAAUCAUCUGUAUCUUUUUGUUUCUGGUUCUUCUAGCAUCUUUAAGCACAUCUUUAGAUUGGUGGUCACAUUCAGGAAACAAUAAACCAACAGAUGAAGACCAUGAUAAAAGGUGUGUCUCUGUGUCAUUGUGUUUUUCAAUUUGCAAUAAUAGUAAACGGCUGAUGAAAAAUAUUGAAGAAGAUACUGAUGGAUUACUUUCUGGAAAGUGCGUAAGAGGUAUUUGUGUUGUAGCUGUUGUUUGGGUCAUUGUCGGCACCACCUAUUUCUUCCCUUCUAAAGCAUUCUACAUGCAAACAGCAAACCUUCGAAAUCUACACACUUACUGGAAUGAAGCAUAUUUUACAAUCAUUCAAGCUUAUCCCUUAGCUUUCGAUGUAUUACUUGUCUGCUAGUAAGUUUUCUCUAAAUAAUUUUAUUA